AUUUAUUCAUUUUAGUUUCUAGUUUGAAGCACGACUGGAAGAAAUGGCAGGAUGCAAGAGGAAGAUUCGCGCUCCCACAGCGAAUGCUCCUACGAAACCAAGCUCCAACAAGAAGCAUCAUACCACACUCGGGAAAUCACACGUAGCUACUCGUCUGCCGGAUCCCGGAACGGUACUAACCACAAAAGAAGUAAAAGAUGCGUGUGUUGCACUACAAAACAAAUUAGUCCGUGACAGACAAGGCCGCCGGCAGAACGGAAGACGCCUAAAGUCGGAGCCAUUUCAUCUUGCUGACAACCAGAAAGUGAUAUUCGCUAAAACUUACGUGGCGGCUAAGAAUCAUGAUACACAUGUAGAUUAUGUUCGUUUGUCGAACAGCUGCCACUUCCCUACGUUUGCUGGCAACUCGGACGUGCUAGCCGCCAUGGAACCCGCCAUCAUCGCUGAAAUGAAGGAAGCCCUAGUUGAACAACGAGGCAUUGAAACCAAGGACCGACACAAUUCAAGACUAUCUUUACAAGGGACAUUGGCUAAGGUGCAACUUCUUCAUCAGCGAGAGAUUGCAAAGAUGAAUCAGAAGGUGGAAACGUUAUUAGCGCAUCUUGCAACAUCUGAAAAUCUUGUGGAAGAAUUACGCAAAGAUAUAGCGGUUGCCCAAGAACAACACCAGUGUGACGUUCACCGUGAUAGUCACAACACUGCGCCACAACAAUCACAGUCAAAUGAACGGAACCCGCAGGAAACUGGAUGUCUCGCACGUGACCCCCCCCCCCCCCCCCCCCCCCCCCCCCCAGCCUUUAAAUUACAGCAAGAAGAGAAGAUUAGGACCACAGGAUAUGGUCUAGCGUCGCUACUGGAACCGCUGAACUACAAACAAGUUACGUUGGACGAGAAAGCCCGUGCUCAAGACAAAGAACGCCAUCGCCUCGACGAUCGCGCAGCCCUAAAUGAGAGAAUGGAACCAUGUACCCUGGACGGGCUUGCCAGAGAUCAAGACAAAAAGCAGGACGCUACCCGAUUCCUUGCAAUUGUGGACGGGAAGAAGACCUGUGACGGCCACGAUUCCACAACUGCAGAAUGGAAAAAUCGGUGUGAAGUUGAGAAAGAAGUAGCACGAGCUUCACAGACCGCACUGGAGAAUUCACUUCGUGAUGCUGCAGAAUUACGUAUUAUAAUAGCGCAACUGAAGAUGCGGUUACUUUCCGAAUCGUCUGUUGUGAUGGAUCAAGCUGGUACUUCGAAGUAGUUACCAAGGAUCGUAGCCAUGGUAGUCAUCCAUGUAAGUGUUCCAGUUCAUAU